GGAAGUUUCAACAUUUUCAUCCUUUGGAAUGCAUCAACGCCUCUGGAUGCACCAGGUUGGACGACAAACGUUGAAAUGCGCAAUUAUUUGUAGCGUUUAUAAAGUGGUUUGCCUGGGUUGAAUUAUUUUCCACAGAUAUCUUUGAUACAUUCCUUUUGGAAAAGUUAAGGGAAACUUGGUCCUAUAUCGGGUCUGAGGCGUAUCUCCGACUGGGGAGAUAAGCUUAGACUUGGUAGCUACUGCGCAGGCUGCGUCCGAGUCGCAGUCGUCAAUGGUAAAACACUGACCGGUGGAGUUGUACACAUUUGAGAAGAAGAGAUGCAAGACAGUGCAAGUCGAGGACUGCUUUUGCAGCUGGUCCUGCUGCUGCUAGUGGCGUUGUUGUCGCCUCUAGCUGUGGCUGUGGCCGAAGAGGACGCCGCUGCAGAGCUGGUCACCGCAGAAGACAGCGAGCUGGCCAAGCCGUCCGAGCCGAGGGCAAGCCGGGCUAAAAGGAGGGGAGGCUCGGAAGUCCUCAGAGGGCCUAACGUGUGCGGAACCAGAAACAACGCUUUCUGCUGCCAAGGCUGGAAGACCCUGACCGGAGGGAACCAGUGUAUUGUCCCCAUCUGCCGCAGUACCUGUGGAGAUGGGUUCUGUUCCAGACCCAACAUGUGCACGUGCCCCACCGGACAGAUCGCUACUUCCUGUGGGACCAAGUCAGUCCAGCACUGUAACAUCCGCUGCAUGAACGGCGGAUCGUGUGCUGAGGACAACUGUCUCUGCCAGAAAGGCUACGUGGGGAACCACUGUGGACAACCGGUGUGUGAGAACGGCUGCCUUAACGGAGGGCGCUGCGUGGCCCCCAACCGCUGCGUGUGCACGUACGGCUUCACGGGGGCGCAGUGCGAGAGAGACUACCGGACUGGACCCUGCUUUGCCUCGGUAAGCAACCAGAUGUGCCAGGGACAGCUGACGGGCAUCGUGUGCACCAAGACCCUCUGCUGUGCCACGGUGGGCCGGGCCUGGGGUCACCCCUGUGAGAUGUGUCCGGCACAGCCUCAGCCCUGCCGUAGAGGCUUCAUACCCAACCAUCGAACCGGGGCAUGCCAAGAUGUGGAUGAGUGCCAGGCCAUCCCUGGUCUGUGUCAGGGUGGGAAAUGCAUCAACACCGUGGGAUCCUUCGAGUGCAAGUGCCCUGCUGGACACAAGUUUAACGAAGUCACACAGAAAUGCGACGACUUGGAUGAGUGCACAAACAUUGCAGGGUUGUGUGCUGGAGGCGAGUGCUCUAACACUGCUGGCAGCUACUUCUGCAAAUGUCCCCAGGGAUAUUAUACACCUGUGGACGGUUCCAGGUGCAUAGAUGCACGGAGUGGAUACUGCUAUAACAGCCUGUUAAAUGGACAAUGUGCUAACCAGAAUUCCGAGCUGCUGAGCAAGAUGCAGUGCUGCUGUGGCAAUGGACGCUGCUGGUCGGACGGCUCUGCCCCAGAGAUGUGCCCUAUCCAGGGAGCAGAUGAGCAGACCAGACUGUGCACUCCGUUACCUGGUAUUGGUAAUGGUGGAUUGAAUCCUGGUCAAAUUCCUGGGAUUUAUCCAGGCCCGGGCCUGUACCCAGGCCCUGCCCCAUACCCAGGCCCAAACCAAGGCCCAAACCCAGGCCAGUACCCAGGCCCAAACCAAGGCCCAAACCCGGGUCAAUAUCCUGGACCAUUCCCAGGCCAAUAUCCAGGACCAAACCAAGGCCUUUUUCCCGGACAACUCCCCCUGCAACCUCAACCUGUACCAGGUCUCAUCUUAUCCCAGAACAUAACCAACAUCUGCCAGACCUUCCCAAACCUGUGUCUGCGUGGGAGGUGUAUCCCCACGGUGGGGAUCGGAUACCGCUGCGAGUGCAACAUGGGCUUCAAACUGGACGGCAGAGGAGUGUGCCUGGACGACAAUGAAUGUGACAGAAACCCGUGUGCGCACGGAGAAUGUGUCAACACACCCGGGUCCUACAUCUGUCAGUGUCCCCCUGGCUUCCAGACCACUGCCACCAAGACAGAGUGUAGAGAUAUUGACGAGUGUGUGGCCAACGGGCGUAUCUGCAACAAUGGACGCUGUCUAAACACGGAGGGCAGCUUCCACUGUGUCUGCAAUGCCGGAUUUGUGAUCACCUCAGAUGGAAAAAACUGUGAAGACCAGGAUGAGUGCCUGAUCAGAAACAUGUGUCUGAACGGGCUGUGUAUCAACGAGGACGGCAGCUUCAAAUGCAUCUGUAAACCUGGCUUCCUGCUGAUGGCAAGCGGACGCAUGUGUGUAGACAUUGAUGAGUGUGAGACUCCUGGUAUGUGCAUGAAUGGCCGCUGUGUGAACACAGAGGGCUCUUUCCGCUGUGACUGUAUGCCUGGCCUGGCCGUGGGACUCGACGGCCGGGUCUGUGUUGACACACACAUGCGCAGUUCAUGUUACGGUGGGUACAAGCGAGGACAGUGUGUGAAGCCUUUAUUCGGAGCAGUAACCAAGUCUGAGUGUUGCUGUGCCAGUACGGAGUAUGCCUUCGGAGAGCCCUGCCAGCCAUGCCCGGCCAAAAACUCUGCGGAAUUCCAGGGCCUGUGCCCAAAUGACCUUGGCACAACCAGUGAUGGCAGAGAUAUUAACGAGUGUGCCCUGGACCCUGACAUCUGUCAUAACGGUGUGUGUGAGAACAUGCUGAGAACAUACAAGUGUAACUGCAACGCAGGCUUUGAGGUGGACAUCACUGGGAAGAGCUGUGUAGACAUUGACGAGUGUCUGGUAAACAGACUGCUGUGUGACAACGGCCUGUGUAGGAACACACCAGGGAGCUUCAGCUGCCACUGCCCGCCAGGAUACCGCUUCGAUACCCAGACGGAUGUCUGCGAUGACGUCAACGAGUGUUUGUCCAGCCCAUGUGUGAACGGGGAUUGUCUGAACAGCCCGGGGUCCUUUGUGUGUCUGUGUACGUCAGGCAGCACACUGGACACCACUGGGUUACAGUGUAUAGAGACCACUAAAGGCACAUGCUGGCUGAAGAUGAUCAACGAGAGGUGUGAGGUCAACAUCAACGGGGCUACGCUCAAGUCCCACUGCUGCUCCACCCUGGGGGAGGCCUGGGGAAGCCCCUGUGGGCGCUGUGAAGCAGAUCCGUUCUGCAGUAAGGGCUACGCCAGAGUCAAAGGAAAUCUCUGUGAAGACGUGAAUGAGUGUGAGGUGUUUCCUGGGGUGUGCGUCAAUGGGAAAUGCGUCAACAAUCAGGGCUCCUUCAUCUGCCAGUGCCCCGCUGGCAUGACCGUGGACGCCAGUGGCAGGACAUGUAUUGACCUGCGCACAGAGCACUGCUACCUGACCCACGAGGACGAGCGCUGUGCGGCCCCUAUUGGGGGCAAGCAUCGCGUCGACGCGUGCUGCUGCUCUGUGGGCGUAGCCUGGGGCCCAGAAUGUGACGAGUGUCCAGAGAAAGGUACCCAGGACUACAACCAGCUGUGUCCCCGGGGCCCAGGCUUCUCCCACAGGGGGGACUUCAUCAACGGCAGGCCCUUCCUCAAAGAUAUAAACGAGUGCAGGAUGAUCAACAGCCUGUGCAGCAACGGACGGUGCCGGAACACCAUCGGCAGCUUCCGCUGUCGUUGUGACAGCGGCUACUCUCUGGACCACGACGAGAAGAAUUGCACUGACAUCAACGAGUGUCGCAUCUCGCCUGACCUGUGUGGCCAGGGCACGUGUGUGAACACACCGGGAGACUUUGAGUGCGAGUGCUUCCAGGGAUAUGAGAGUGGCUUCAUGAUGAUGAAGAACUGCAUGGACAUUGACGAGUGUGAGACCAACCCCCUGCUGUGUCGCGGGGGUCUGUGCGUGAACCUGGAGGGCAGCUUCGAGUGCGAGUGUCCGGACGGUCACCAGGUGUCCACUGACGGCACCGCCUGUCUAGACAUCAACGAGUGUGAGCUGAGCGACAGGCUGUGCAGACACGGCCAGUGCAUCAACAUGGUGGGCCGCUACCAGUGCUUCUGCGACACUGGAUACAAAUCCACUGAGAGCAGACUGGAAUGCGUCGACAUCGAUGAAUGCACCAUUGAGAACGGCGGCUGUGAGAUGUUCUGCACCAACUCAGAGGGAAGCUACGAGUGCAGCUGUCAGAGUGGCUACGCCCUGAUGCCUGACCUGAGGAGCUGCAUAGACAUUGACGAAUGUGAGGAGAGCCCCGAGGUGUGCGAGGGGGGACAGUGCACCAACAACCCCAGGGACCUACCAGUGCCUCUGCUUCGACGGCUUCAUGACCUCUGAAGACAUGAAGACCUGCCUUGAUGUGGACGAGUGUGAUCUCAACUCCAACAUCUGUCUGAGUGGGAACUGUGAGAACACCAAGGGAUCCUUCAUCUGUCACUGUGAACUGGG